UGGAGUACAACAGGUAUUCUCAACAGAGAAUGCUGUUCAAAAACCGGUCUCCAACUUUGGCAAUUCUGCUGUUGGCGUUAUUUGCCACACAGAAGCAAUGGGGCUUGCAAACAUUCACUGUCCCCACCUUGCAAGGGCUAAUGGUAAAUCUACCGCGAAGAAUGACACAAGAAACUUACGGCUUCGACUUCAAAACAAACUCUUACUUCCUCUAUUUACUGAAAAGAAACUAGAAGGAGAGGGUGGUGCUCGCAUUUCCGUUGCAUUGAUCGAUGCGGAUACAGGGGAUGUCGUUACGUCAGGGCCAGAAGCCUCCAUCAAGUUGGACGUCGUUGUGCUUGAAGGUGACUUCAACAGAGACGAUGAGGAAAAUUGGGCUCAGAAGAGUUUGAUAGCUACGUUGUUAAAGAGCGAGAAGGAAAGAGGCCGCUUUUGA